AAGAACGUAGUCUCCUUCCGAGUGCAAUUCAGUGUGCUCAAUAUAUUGAUUAAGCUUAAACAACAUUCUUAAUACAAAAAAUUAGUCUAUAAAGGUCUAACGAUGAUGAAAUCCUUGAUGUUCCUGACCUUGUUGGUCGGUUUGACAGCAGCAGGCGUGCUGAGUAGUAGCAGUAGGUUAGGACGAGUUGGAUUAUUACCAGAUUACAUUAUUAAUAAUAUGGAUAUUAAGCGUGUGCAACGUGUGACAAACGAAGAAUUGAUACGCCAGAAGUUUAUACUAGAUAUUUUUCAACAUGUGAAUCAACCACUUAAUAAUCCAGAGAUACUAGAUUUAGCACAAGGUUUUGUUACGGAUAAUAAUAGAUAUAUCCAGGGCAUUGAUGAAGAAAUGCUAAAUGUUAUUGAGCUGGAUCGUCAACACAGAUUGUUGCGCAAGACAGAUACUUUCAACAUCGUGGAGGAGCAGCAGUUACGUCAAAUGAUUGGUUUAUAUCGCUUAUUUGUACGUUCAAUAGAUUGGAAUGUCUUCCAAAUGAAUGUGGCUUAUGCACGUAUGAAUGUGAAUGGUGUUAUGUUUGUAAAUUCUUUAUUAAUGGCAAUUAGAGAUCGUGCCGAUACUCAAUCGCUGAAUAUUCCAAGUAUUAAUGAAAUUUUACCUGAACUAUAUUAUAAGCAGGAAUUAAUUAGAAAAGCGCAAAAUAUGGAUUUGAGUGCUUUGGAAAGUGAUACAGACACCAUAAAACCAAAUAUAAUGGAUGUAAUUGGUUUAGGGAGACGCACAAAAUUAAUGAACAAAUUUUCUGCACUAAAUUCGCUUGGAUAUUUUGAUCGUUCUUCAAUGUGGAUGCCUUGGCGUGAAAUGCGUAUGCAAAUGGCAAUGCAAAGAACACCAGGACAACAACCUAAAACUAUAAUGCUUAGCGCUAAUAAAAUUGUAUUACAAGAUCAAUCCAAUAUCGCUGAUGACAGUACAGCUAUGUUAACGGAGGAUGUAGGCUUAAAUGGUUACAUGCAGGAACUCAUUAGUGAAUUGAUUAUUCGAAUAAGUAACCAAUUUAAUCGUGUAAGUUUGGAUCGAAAUGUUGACGAAUUAAUGCAACAACGAAAUGAAUAUAUAGAUUCACGUCGUCGGCAAAUGUCUUUUGAAGACAAUGAAGAACCCAAUAGAGCGAAUGAUGAUAAUGAUAAUAGAGAUAUCUUUAUGACUUCAGGAGUUAAUAAUCGUUAUGAAUUCCAACAAGAGCCAUUGGAUAGAUCAAAUAUUGAUACUGAGCGAAUGCGUUAUAUUAGUAGGUUACCAACAGCAGAUAUAAAUGACGAUCGUUUACUAUUCAUAGGUCGUAAACGACUUUUAAGUGGUUUUAACAGAAUGGAUAAACAAAGUCAAGAAGAUGACAAUGAUAAAUAUAUUCAAAAUAGUGAAAAUGCUCGACAAAAUGUUGUUAGUGCAGGAAUACGAGACAGUAUAACAACUGAACAGCAGAGAGUUGAUCGCUUAAAUAUGAAUUAUGAUCGUUUUGAAAACAUGAAUUCAGAAACGGAAAGAAUGCGCAUUGUCGAUCGUCUUCCUACUGUUGAUAUUAAUAGUGAUCGUUUACUACCUAUAAGUAAUAAACGUAUUUUAAAUGAUCUCUAUACACCUUAUAUACGUAAUUUGGAAGGACAGCGCGAACGCUUUUUAAGUAUAGUACGUGAUCAAGUACGUGAUGGACGCCGCACUAAGAACGAAUCAAACCGUAUGGAACAAGAACGUAUAUGGGAUCAGCGAAUUACGGAAAAUCAUCGUCGGGGCAUGAACUUGCAAGAAAGAGAUGACGAUAUUCCUGUUCAUGAUCAGCGACUUGAUAAUAGAGAGCAACCAGAUCGUGUAACGAAUAGGCGUAAGGUUGAAGUUAAAAGUAUAGAUGAUGAGGAUGAUAAAGCGUUUUUGAGAACAAGUCAAAUAAAUAAUCUACCAACAAGAGAUAUAAAUGAUGAACGAUUAUUACCUAUUAGUCGUAGACGCUUCAUCAAUAUGGAUGACAACGUUCGUGAAAACACACAGGAAGGAAAUACUCAAGACGAUUUGAGUAACAUGCGUGAUAAACGAAUCCGUGAUGGUCGGCGUGUUAAGGAUCAAACAAAUCAGCAAAUUGCGGAAAAUCGUCGUCGUGGCAUGAACUUGCAAGAAAGAGAUGAUGAUAUUUCUGUUCAUGAUCAGCGACUUGAUAAUAGAGAGCAACUAGAUCGUGUAACGAAUAGGCGUAAGGUUGAAGUUAAAAGUAUAGAUGAUGAGGAUGAUAAAGCGUUUUUGAGAACAAGUCAAAUAAAUAAUCUACCAACAAGAGAUAUAAAUGAUGAACGAUUAUUACCUAUUAGUCGUAGACGCUUCAUUAAUAUGGAUGACACUGUUCGUGAAAACACACAGGAACGAAAUACUCAAGACGAUUUGAGCAACAAGCGUGAUAAACGAAUCGGUAAUAGUCGGCGUGUUAAGGAUCAAAUAAAUCGUGGAAAUCUAGACCAUGAACAGCGCAUAAGAGAUCAACUAAUGGAUGAAACACGUGAUAAUUAUGAAGAUCAACAUUUACGAACUAUUUUACGUAUGCGCAAUAUCAAAGAUGAUAUGAAUAAUCCUAUUUCAGAAGACUCCUACAAAAAUGAACGAUACGAUGUCAAUGAAAUUCGGAAUAGAGGCAAUCAACUACCGACUAUUGAUGCCAAUAAUGAUAGAUUAUUACGCUUAAGUCGUAGACGACAAAUGGAUUAUGAAAGCUUGCGUGGUAUGGAAAAUAUAGGAAUGGAUAGUCAAAAUGAUGAUCAGAACCAAUGGAUUAGAGAUGAAAACCAUAAGAAUUUGAAUAGAAACGAUUGGAGAAGUGAUGAAAGAAAAACUUUUCAACGUUUUCCACGAAGUGCUGCAAUGGCGGGAAAGAAUGUGAACUCACAGAAUGUCGGUGAAGUUUUGGUCCAUAAUUUGCAGCAAUUGAUGGCCCGAUUAUAUAUGGAAUACAGUGCAUUGAGUUCAAAUAAUAAUCUAAUGAUAACUAACAUAUAUAAGAAAUUGAAUGCAGAGCGUAUGAACAAUCCUCGUUUAGCCGAUGAACAAAAUGAACGCUUUGCUUUGCGUUUAAAUGAAAUGCGUUUAGAAACACUAAUUAAUCGCAGCAUGAUAGAACGAAUUAAUGAUAUAAUGGAACGUAUUAAUCAAGAAAUUGUACCUUCAUUAGGUGUUAAACAAAGUGAUAUAAAUAUCUAUGAGGAAACUAAAGAAGUUAAUUCCUUGGUAGGGGAUAUUUUUAUGGGAAGACUUAUUAAGGGAUUAAGUGUUUUAGAUAUAUUGCGUGAGGUGAUGUUGCAAAACAUUGAAAUUAAUCAAGGUUCUACUAUGGCUCGAAUAUCUUUAAGUGAUCCUGCAGUACAAUAUCUAUUGCAGCGUGUAAAUCAAAUGAUUAUGGAUCAACAACGUACUCGACAAGUCGAAAAUUAUCGUCGCGAGGAUUUGGAGAUGGCUGGUGUAGCAAUCAAUGAUGUGAUUGUAGAUAAGUUAUGCACAUAUGAAGAAGCAAAUGAUGCCGAUCUCAUUAAUUUACUUAACUCGAAAAUAUCAUUAAGUAAAGAUCGUAAGCAAACAAUGUUAGUUGCUCGUCAGCAGCGUCUUAAUCACAAAUCGUUUACUGUUAAAGUUGAUGUAACUUCUGAUCGUAAUCAACGUGUACUUAUGCGUACAGUCUUAGUACCAAGUAUGGAAGACGAACAGCAACGUCAAAACUAUAUUGUAUUAGAUACAACAGUAAUUGAUUUGAUUGCUGGUCGUAAUAUGAUACAACGUAAAUCUAAGGAUAUAACAUGGACUGCACGCGAUACUUUGCCAUACACAGAAAUGUAUCAACGUGUUAUGAUGGCAAUUGAUGGAGAAAUCGAUAUGCAACCUAAGACUAUUAAUAGUCAAAAAUGUAGAUUUCCACAUCGUCUGUUGUUACCACGCGGUCGCGUUGAGGGCUUACCAAUGCAAUUAGUUGUUAUUUUAACACCAAUGGAAGAUGAUGUUCCACAAAGUGAUGACACAAUUUGUGGUCUGGGACUUGGAAAUUUGAAAAUGGAACGAUUACCAUUGGGAUUCCCAUUAGAUCGACCAAUUGAUAAUUUGGAAGAAAUAUUGAGUGUAUCCAAUUUAAAAGUAAAAAAUGUUUUGAUAUAUCAUGAUAAAUAAGAAUAUAUGAAAUUUGACGGUUGAUUCUUAAAGA